AUGGAAGCAUUGCGUCAGGAAAUACUGCCUCCAAGCGGCGUCGAAUUUGCUGCUUGCCUCAAACUUACACCUUCGACUUUACCGGGAUCUCCAAGUACAAGCGCUCAAGCUGAGCCUGCUGGAUGCGCUCUUUUCAAUGUCGUAGUGGCGCGCUCCAACCUCCUGCGUAUCUUCGAGGUCAGGAAGGAUCCUGCGCCUAUCUCCACACACAAGGAGGAUGAACGGGAGAGGCGCGCCAGUGUCCGGAAAGGCACAGAGGCGGUAGAAGGCGAAAUCGAGAUGGACGCGUCCGGGGAAGGGUUUGUGAACAUGGGCUCGGUCAAGUCCACCGGUCAGAACGGCGUUCUGCAUCCGCCGACCGUCAAUCGCUUCUACCUCGUCAGGGAGCAUCGCCUGCACGGCGUUGUCACUGGCAUUGAAGGUGUUCGUGUUGUGACCUCGAUUGAAGACAAGCUUGACCGUCUGCUGGUGUCCUUUAAAGAUGCGAAGAUUGCACUCUUGGAGUGGUCAGAGGCCGUGCACGACCUCAUUACCGUGUCGAUACACACAUACGAGCGUGCACCACAACUUAUGUCGUUGGACUCGUCGCUGUUCCGCUCGGAAUUGCGUGUCGAUCCAUUAUCUCGGUGUGCUGCGCUCUCUCUGCCGAAAGACUCGAUAGCCAUCUUGCCAUUCUAUCAAAGUCAAGCAGAGCUUGACCUUAUGGAGCAGGAGACAAGCCAAGCAAGGGAUGUGCCGUACUCUCCGAGUUUCAUCCUUAGCAUGUCGACGGAAGUUGAUCCACGCAUACGGAAUGUCAUAGACUUCGUUUUUUUGCCUGGAUUCAGCAAUCCGACCAUUGCAGUCCUUUUCCAACAUGAGCAGACAUGGACAGGGCGACUGAAGGAGUAUAAAGACACAGUUGGUGUUUUCAUAUUCACUCUUGAUCUGAUCACGAGGAAUUAUCCUGUGAUCACUGCGGUUGAGGGCCUGUCUUACGACUGCCUCGCCAUCACAGCGUGCUCGACCGCGCUGGGCGGUGUCGUUGUCCUGGCUAGCAAUUCCAUUAUAUACGUGGAUCAGUCCUCCCGCCGGGUCGUGUUGCCUGUCAAUGGCUGGCCACCACGCUUGAGCGACAUGUCCAUGCCGGUGCUCACGCCGCAAGAACAGUUACGGGACUUGCAACUGGAGGGAGCGCGCUUCGCCUUCGUUGACGAUAGGACGCUCUUCGUAGUGCUUAGAGAUGGCACAGUCUAUCCCGUAGAAGUCAUCGUUGACGGGAAGACGGUGUCACGGCUGUCAAUGGCGUCGCCCGUGGCACGGACAACGAUUCCUGCAUGCGUCAGGAGAGUCGAGGACAACUAUCUGUUCAUUGGGAGCAUUGUAGGCCCUUCUGUAUUGUUGAAGACUAUUCGGGUGGAAGAGGAUAUCCCCGAGGAGGAUGUGGAGAUGACUUCUGCGCCCGCCACGGUUGUUGACUCGACCGAUGGUAUGGACCUUGACGAUGACGAUGACCUGUACGGAAGUUCCCAGGUGCAAGAAGUGCUGUCUAUCAACGGCAAUGGCAAUCUCAAUGGCGUCGCUGUUACUUCGAAGAGGCGGACGGUCGUGCAUCUAUCUCUGUGCGACUCGUUACCUGCCCACGGGCCCAUCUCUGAUAUGACUUUCGCGUUAGCCAAGAACGGGGAUCGGUACGUACCAGAGCUUGUUACUGCCACUGGCGCUGGCGAGCUGGGUGGUUUUACUGUCUUUCAGCGGGAUUUACCGACACGCACCAAACGCAAGUUGCACGCCGUAGGCGGCGGUCGCGGAAUGUGGUCUCUCCCCGUGCGACAAGCUGUCAAGGUUAACGGCUCGACUUAUGAACGCGCCGUCAAUCCCUUCUACACGGAGAAUGACUCUAUUAUCAUCAGUACCGAUGCGAAUCCUUCGCCGGGCCUUUCUCGAAUUGCCUCCCGCCACCCUCAAUCAGACAUCUCGAUCACCACACGUAUCCCGGGAACUACGAUUGGCGCGGCACCAUUCUUCCAAGGGACUGCUAUCUUGCAUGUGAUGGUCAAUGUCACCAACGUCAUCCGAGUGUUAGAGCCUGAUGGGACGGAACGCCAGGUUAUUAAAGAUUGGGAUGGGAAUGUACCCCGGCCAAAGAUCAGGUUCUGCAGUAUCUGCGACCCUUUCGUACUCAUCAUCCGAGAGGAUGACUCCAUCGGUCUCUUCAUUGGAGAGACCGAGCGAGGGAAGAUUAGGCGCAAGGACAUGUCUCCGAUGGGCGAGAAGACGUCUCGAUACCUGGCUGGCUGUUUCUUCACAGAUACGACCGGCGUGUUUCAAAGCCACGCUAACAUGCAAGCUGCUGGGACUGAGAACGUUACGUCAACUCUGCAGGCCGCUAUGAAUGCUGGGAACAGGAGCCAGUGGUUGCUCCUAUGCCGGCCACAGGGUGCGGUCGAGAUCUGGACGUUGCCCAAGCUCACCUUGGCAUUUUCGACCACCCUAGUUGCGACCCUGGAACCGAUGUUCACUGAUUCAUAUGACCCACCCGCCCUUUCUGCCCCUCAGGAGUCAACCCGCAAGCCGCAGGAACUGGAUAUCGAGCAGAUCUUGCUCGCUCCGUUGGGCGAGUCCUCGCCACGCCCGCACCUCGUUGUCUUCCUGCGUUCCGGACAGCUAGCCAUAUACGAGGCAUUUCCUACGCCACCGCCUGUGGAACCUCUUCCUGCUGCUCGAUCAUCCGCGCUUCUCGUGCGGUUUGUGAAGGUGCUGUCUCGGGCGUUCGACAUACAGCACACCGAGGAGGUGGAGAAGUCGGUGCUUGCUGAGCAAAAGCGGAUCUCGCGGCAUCUCAUUCCGUUCGUGACGUCUCCUGCUCCAGGGCAGAUGAUUUCUGGAGUGUUCUUUACAGGCGAUCGUCCAUGUUGGAUUCUGUCUACAGACCAGGGAGGCGUCAAGGUGUUCCCGUCAGGCCAUUCUGUCGUGCACGCGUUUACGGCCUCCUCAUUAUGGGAAUCGAAAGGCGAUUUUCUCUUGUACUCCGAAGAGGGGCCGAGCCUUGCGGAAUGGAUCCCGAACUUCCAGCUCGACGGUCACCUGCCGUGGAAAUUCAUCCCGCGAGAUAAAUCUUAUUCGAAUGUCGUGUACGACGCUUCGACGUCACUGCUCGUUGCUGCAUCCUCGUUGCAAAAUAAAUUUGCUUCAUAUGAUGAAGAUGGCAACAUUGUGUGGGAGCCAGAUGCAUCGAACAUAUCCUUCCCGAGCUGUGAAUGCUCUACGCUGGAGCUCAUCUCACCCGAAGGCUGGAUCACCAUGGAUGGAUACGAGUUUGCUCCCAACGAGUUUGUGAACUGCCUCGAUUGUGUGACGUUAGAAACGAUGAGCACAGAGUCCGGCACGAAAGACUUCAUAGCCGUCGGGACAACAGUGAACCGAGGAGAGGAUCUGGCGAUCAAGGGUGUCGUUUACAUCUUCGAGAUCGUGGAAGUUGUUCCUGAUCUAAGCUCUAGCCAUAAGCGCUGGUAUAAGCUGAAGCUUCGGUGUAGAGAUGAUGCGAAGGGUCCCGUCACAGCGCUUUGUGGGAUGGAUGGCUAUCUUGUCUCCUCGAUGGGGCAGAAGAUAUUUGUCAGGGCAUUCGACUUGGAUGAACGGCUUGUCGGUGUCGCCUUCUUGGACGUCGGUGUCUAUGUUACAUCCCUUCGCACCAUCAAGAACUUGCUUGUCAUAGGAGACGCCGUCAAGAGUGUCUGGUUCGUGGCAUUCCAGGAGGAUCCGUAUAAACUCGUCGUGUUGGGGAAGGAUCCACUGCAUGCAUGUGUGACAAAUGCCGAUCUCUUCUUCGCGGAUGGCCGCGUGUCCAUGGUUACGUGCGACGAAGAUGGUGUAAUGAGAAUCUAUGAGUAUGAUCCUCAUGAUCCCGAAUCCAAAAACGGUCAACAUCUACUUCGUCGUACAGAGUACCACGGGCAGACAGAAUACCGUACUUCUGUUAUGAUCGCACGUCGUAUAGGUACAGAUACUGCCAUACCGCAGGCCAAAUUACUCUGUGGAACCGCUGACGGCGCUCUGGUGUCUUUGACUUGCGUCGACGAAUCCGCCUUCAAGAGACUGCACCUUCUACAAGGUCAGCUCACCCGUAAUGUUCAGCAUGUCGCGGGUUUGAAUCCUAAAGCAUUCCGCAUCGUUCGAAACGACUAUGUCUCAAGGCCCCUGUCUAAAGGUAUACUGGACGGUAAUGUUUUGGCAGCUUUCGAGGAACUCCCAAUCACUCGUCAAAUCGAGGUGACUCGCCAGAUUGGCACAGAGAGGACGACGAUAUUGAAGGAUUGGUUAUACUUCAGCGGUGUAUGGUAA